AUGUCGGACUCUGUCAACAACUAUUUCUUCGCGAUCGCGGCGGCAACACCGCUUCCUUCUAUCGAGGGUCAAGACCCCAUCAACAACGGCAACCUCGCGCCUCCGCUACCUCGUACUCGUUCUCAAGUCUCCGCACUUCGUUCACCUUUCACGGUUCGACCCACUGUCCUUUCCGCACCCGUUGCCAAGAAGUCGAGUACAAAGCCAAACAAGAAGCGCAAACCUGAUUUCACCAUCUUCGUCGACACCGAGGCAGCCAACGACAUCCCGAGGCCCAUCCAGACACCCAAGCGGUCCAAGACCAACAGCCUACGCACUCCGCUCGGCGACAGGACCUUCUCUACUGCUUCAACGCCCUCGCCGUCUCCCCGUCUUCCCGACACCCCGUUCCGCUUCUCGCCUGCCGACCCUCUCUGGGAGAAUACCGAGAACUAUGAGCCUUGGACUGAGACUCCUCCUUCGACCCCACUUGGUCCUCCUUCCACGCCCCUCGGUCCCACCGCCUCGGUCGGCCCACCUCCUCCGCUGUCCGCGCGCGCUCUUCGUCCUCGCCGUGAUCGUGCUUCUUCCUUAGCCAAUCUUCUCCCCCCGGUCAACAUGCUUGCCUACAACAUGCUUGGCAUCCAGAACUGGAGGAUCAGCUCUAUCGGUAUCAACCUCGCCUACCGCAAGGUCGCUAGUAGAACCCACCCGGACAUGGUUGCGCCAGCUCAGAAGGAGCUUGCCACGCUGGACAUGCAGCAGAUCAACGCCGUCAAGGACAUGUUGAUGGACAAGGACCUCCGCAUCAAGUACCACCGCGACGGUCUCAUCCCCUGGGUCGUCUGA